AACGUGGAAAGAAGCACCCGCUGAGGAAAAUAUUAAAUCAACAUCCAUGAGCUUAAAAAGCGCCAUCCGCCUCGGUGAAAGGGGGAGAGUUUUUAUCCGCCUUGCCCACUGCGUCCAUGUCGUCGGCGGCGCCUUCCAGCACGUUUUCCCAGACGGUUAGAGCCGAAGACACACUUCGUCGCCCGGUUAAAUGGAGAAGACACUUCGUCAUACGAUUAAAAACCGUAUGAUUCAUAGGGAAAAAGCCGUCACGGUGCAUCCCCGCGUGUCAGAGAGCGACGAGCGAAAUCCAGUGAGAGGGCGGGUGAGCGAUCGUCUGAGGGAAGCGGCGCGACUGGCAGAGUUUUCGUCAGAGUGUGUUGGUCAGUGACGCGGGUCGGAGGGCGGUGCUGCGCUGCCGCUCGGAUUGUUACUUGCUCGACCUCGUCCUCUACCACGCCGAAGGACGUCUCGCCGAAGUGAAGUGUGAGUGAUGCUUAUCGAAUCUAGGUCAGAUUCCUGGCUCCUUUUCGGUGGAUCAGUGCUUCUCGUGUGCUGCUGCGGAAGUUGAUAAUCUAUUACAAGGCUGUCGCGCGGUGCAGGUCGCUGGGGAGACGAAGACGACCGAGCGCGAAAGCAGUGCGAGGAUAAGACCGUCCUCGGAGACUGAAACGUGUGCGAUUGGCGCGAUGGAGCGACCGAAGGAGAUUCAAUAGUAUAUCAGACUUUCUCCCUCCCUCCCAAUCCUUUCCUCCCCCUUCCCACCCCGCCCAGCCCGACCCUACCCCUUCCCUCACUCUCCCAGCACCUCUCCAGGACAUGUAAAAGAGGGGCGCUGCGGGUACCAAUUACAUUUUGACCUUUCCAAUCUCACCAUCCGCAUUGUUGGACUAGAAACUGACCAAAGAACCCUCGGGUGUAUCUUUGCAUUGCAAUUGCAAGAAGCGCUGCAAUACGGCUCGAACCUCGACUGGGACCGCAUCGUCUCCACGCGCUGCCGACCAAGAAAUUGCGAACACGUGAAGAUGGAGGUUCAGCAGGUACCUCGGCUGCUACCGCUGCCACUCCCGCUGCUGCUUAUCCUGUUCAUUCCACAAUACUCAUGCUUUAAUCUCGAGGUCUCAAAAGCCCAGGUGUACACAGACCCGACCCUCGACUACAGUAGUUGGGGGAGGGAGUCUUACUUCGGUUUCGCCGUCGCCCUUCAACUCCGGACGUCUGACGACACUGCCUGGUUAAUCGUUGGGGCUCCACGUGCCAACUCAAGCCACUACAAACCCAGAGCUAUAACGGAGCCUGGAGUGGUGUUCAAAUGCAGCCUUGAGGGAGACACCUGCCAGGAACUGUAUAUCGACCAAACGGGGAACACCGUGAUACACAAUUCCAACAGUGAGUUCAGUUACCACGACCUGAAGAACGGCGGCUGGCUAGGAGGGUCUCUCGAUUCCCAACCGACGUAUGAUGCAGACCGGCAAGUCACUGCGGUGUGCGCACCGAGGUGGAUCAACCAGAAACUACUUGGCAAUUACCUUAUGAACGGAGCGUGUUACUGGCUUAACGAGUCCCUCCCCAACGCUCCAGCCCACAAGAAGCUGCCUUUGGUUCAGGAGUCCCUUCAGACUCAUGGCGAUGCAGUGUUCUACUACGCCCACGGAGAAGCGGGUAUGUCUCUUCAUCUCCCGGACGACCCAACCGAGAUGAUUGUGGGCGCCCCGGGUGUGUACAAGUGGCGAGGAACCAUCAUCCGCUUCAAGGACACGUACAUCCAACACGUAGGAGGCAUAGCAAGGCGCAGACGACAGACCAGAAGGAAAAUACCAGAAUACCAGAUGUUCUCGAGGGAAUUCGUACCCAACCCGUACUACACCUCUGCCAUGGAGGACUUCGAUCUCAUGGGGUAUUCUGUGACUUCGGGGCGGUUCAGGUCAAAGGACGAGCUCCUGUAUGUGGGCGGUGCUCCUCGAGGGGCCGGGUCGCACGGGAAGGUGAUCGUCUUCUCGUUCCCCGACUGGCAGUCUCAGCCCCUCACCGUCCUGGCCGAGUGGAAAGGAAAACAACUCGGGGAAAACUUCGGUGCUUCCCUUGUCGCUGCUGACGUGAACGGAGACGGCCUCAGCGACCUGAUUGUCGGGGCGCCCAUGCACUCCCUGAAGGACAAGCCGGAUGCAGGAAGAAUACAAGUGUUCCUCUCGUCACAGGACCAGCAGUUGGUAAGUUCCGACUACCGAUACCACGGGUCCACCACGAGCUUCGCCAGGUUCGGCACGAGUCUGGCGCGCAUCGGGGACCUCAACGCAGACGGGUAUGAAGACGUGGCGAUAGGUGCUCCUUGGGAAGGCGAUGGCGCUGUGUACAUUUACCUCGGGUCCGCUUCUGGCUUGAGACAAGCAUACUCCCAGAAACUGCAGCCUCAAAACUUCCCCCAGAAUAUGAAGGGCUUUGGAAUGGGUCUCUCCAGAGGCAUCGACUUCGACAAGAAUGGUUAUCCAGAUCUAGCAAUUGGCAGCUUCGUGUCAGGCCAUGCAGUGGUGCUAAGAAGUCGACCUGUAGCCUACAUUACAGGCAGUCUCACUUCAGAACCACCCAAUAUUGGCCUCAAUGACACCCUUUUCCAGCUGUCUGCCUGUUUGGGGUACCGGGGUUACAAAGUCCCACGUUAUGUCAGUAUUAAGGGAAAUAUCACACUUGACACGGCCUUCCCCUCUCCUCGAGCUUUCUUCGUCGACAACAAGAGCAACUUUAGGGAAGUGAGUCUUGUAGCCACAAAUCGAGAAACAGAAUGCCUCCAAUACCCAGUAAUGGUCAAGGAUGACAAAGUGGACCCCCGGAAACCUAUUCACAUGAAGCUGGAAUAUGACUUGUAUUCACCUGAAGGACACGAUAUACUCGCUCAACCCAAGACGGAACCAGGAAUAGGCACAAUGACCAUGUCCAGAGUCGGCAUAGUGACUGGGUGUGAGGAGGACGGUGACGACGCCUGCCUCGUGAACAUGCAAGUGAGCAGCCGCUUCGAUAGGUACAGUGAAAGUGACUACAUGAUAAUAGGCAGUGACAACAAGCCGGUGCUAACAGUGAUGGUUGAUAAUGUGGGUGAGCCAGUGUUCCUCCCAAACCUAACAGUGCAAGUAGAACCACCCUUGUCACUAACCAUCCCACUCACCCAUGACUGUGUGUACGGUGACAGUGAUGUGAGAACUUCCCUUACAUGUCGCCUUGCAAACCCCAUUGUCAAAGGCGGGAGGGAUAAGAUUGAGAUUACAGUGGAUGCCAGUAACUUGGGGGACAGUUCAUCUGACCCAGAAAUUUCUCUUGAGGUGUCCGGUGAAGGUCUUGAGCUACAUCCUCUAGAUAACGCCGUUAGCCAUUCCCUGAACCUUGCUGCUCAGGCUAACCUCCUUCUCCAUGGGUACUCUCGUGAAGAGCAAGUGGUGUACCAGCGAUUUAAGAAGGGUUCCAUUAAUACUACCUACACACCCUCUUUUCUACACAUAUAUUCGAUAGUAAAGGAAGGCCCAACUCCACUUGGUCAAGUCGAGUUUGUGCUUGAUAUUCCAGUAAAUAUCACAGAGGAAAAUUUCCUGAAAAUUUAUCAUCCAAAGGCCAGCUUUUUGGGAGAGCCAGUUGCCUGUACCAUCCAUGGAGGGACCUUUUCAGUUUUUGAGAAGAAACCUUUCAAAAGCAGAGGGUCACGAUGGAAGCCAAAAGAAAAGAAGAAGAAGAAGAAGGAAAAGAAGAUAGCUACUGAAGUGGAAGAAAAGGAAGAAACAGUGAAUAUUGUCGAUGCAAAACUGGAGAAAGCAAUAUUGCUCAACUGCUCAAACCCCCUCAUCUCGUGUGCUCAAAUACGUUGCCUUAUCAGCACUUGGCCGGCAGAAACAGUUUCUGCCGAGUUUUCUGUCAGAAUGGACAUGAACUUAACAAAAUUAGCUGACCAUAUCUCUGCCGCGGCUGGUGCAGAGUUUAUCAGCCGAGCCCAUGCCAGGAUCCUCACCCUCAACCCUCUAUUGACCUUUAUUGGGAACAAUGAGUCUGCCCUGGAGGUCCAGACAUUCCUACAGCCAGACAGACUACCUGGCAGAGGAGUACCUUGGUGGGUCAUUGUUCUGUCUAUACUUGGAGGACUACUGCUCCUGGGUGUUACUUCAUAUGUGCUAUACAAGAUGGGCUUCUUCCAGCGAAAAGAACACGAAGAAAUGGUAGCCCACCAGGCUAUCAUCGAGUCAAAUGGUACAGGAUGAUUUAUAUCUCAUACAUAUGGAAAAAGCAAAUCUUAAUUAUAGGUAUAGCUGUGAACCAAAGACUUACUGUGUACCUAAUGCAUCUAACAAGGAGAUUUUCUUAUCGGUGUAGUUAAUUUAGAGGAUUAAAACAAAUUUACUUUCAGUUAGAUUUCCAAUUUGGAUGCAAUAGUGGAGAGUGUUGCCAUAAACAUAUUUUAUAUAUUAGGAUGAAAAAUGUCAUGCAAUAUUAGGUGGAAAAAAAAAAAACCAACUAUGAGCAUAAUUCAUAAGAAGUAUUUUUGUGAUACAGUAUGACUGUCAUGACUACCAUGUUUAUUAGAACUGCAAAACUGGUACAAAAAUGGAAAAAAAAAAAAAAAUUUAAUGUGAUCAGGAGUAUUGAUGAUGAUACAAAAAUGGAGUUCCUCUGGUAUGGAGCAGUUCAACUAUACAUACAUCUGAUCUUCAGUUGGUUACUGAAUUCAGGCAGUUAGUUCAUUACGAAAAUCUCUCUCUCUCUCUCUCUCUCUCUCUCUCUCUCUCUCUCUCUCUCUCUCUCUCUCUCUCUCUCUCUCUCUCUCUCUCUCUCUCUCUCUCUCUCUCUCUCUCUCUCUCUCUCUCUCUCUCUCUCGCUUUCUCUCUCUUUAAAAUACUGAAUUUUAAUAUCUGCUGUAUAUAGAACUUUGACCAUAGUAUCCAAAAUCUCUUUCCUGCUAUUGUGAUAAUGUACUAUAGAAAAUGAUAACAUAGGAAUUAUUAUUUGCCUAAACCCAGUGACUUUGUGAUUGGAGUGUCGGUAUGUGUCUAAAUGGUUCAUGACCAUCUAUAUUGUAAAUAAAGUUUCUGAUACAUA